AUGUCUAGCAACGACAUCAACCCUCCUCUCUACUCCGACUCUCAGCCUCUUGGUCCCAAUGGCCCAACUGGAACCGGCGCCCAGGCCUCCGGCACCCGCGGCGGUCACAGUGACAACACCGGAAACGCCUCCAACCGCGGCGGUCGCCAAGGUGGAGGUGGCUGGGGUCACCAUUCCGGAAGCAAGAAAUAA